UCAGGAGGCCAACCACAGCCUCUCAAUUACCUCAUUGUCCAAGGGGGGUGGGGUGGGGAAAAGCCAUGUGGGGAGGGGACAAGGGGGUGGACCCCUGCCCUCGUUGGAAUGUGCAUGCUGGUUGAAGGGGCAUCUGUCCCGCCCCUCUGCCACCUCCCCCGCGUACUUCCUGAGUCCCACCGAGCCCUCCACGGAAACACGCGCGCGAACACACACACACACACACACACACACACACACACACACACACACACACACACACACACACACACACACACACACACACACACACACACAAAAACACUUCCUGACGGUCUCCAGCUCCUGGCUCUCCUGGCUCUCCAAUGAUCCUGUCCCAUCCGCCUGGACAGCUGCCGAAAGAGACCUUUUGUUAUUCAAAUCACACCCUCCUCCCUGAGCUCCCAGGGACCUCAGGGUCCCGGAAUCCAUCUCUGGUUGUCCUCACCUCUUGCAGCGGAUCUCAGGGUUUCCCGGGCCCUCCCCUCCACAGCAUAUUCUCCAGCUCCACCGAGGGACCGCGCCUCCCCCGCCGGCGCGCUUCCCCUCCCGUCCUCUCCCCUUCCAUCCCCUCCCCUCCCGCCCCGCCCCCGCCGUGCUCCGUCCAGCCGCGGUGCCGCCGGCCACCACCAGGGCCCCCGUCGGCCGCGGUUGCCAGCAAGGAGCAUGGCACCCCCGGGGCUGCAGUAGCCGCCACCAGCCUUCACUGGGGGGGUACCCGGUAUCUCCCAGGGUGUGGGGAGGACACCCUAUCGCUUCGGCCAUGGAUGUGAACAAGAUGACUGUCAGCGUCAAUAAGGCCAUUAAUACGCAGGAAGUGGCCGUGAAGGAAAAACAUGCCAGGACGUGUAUUCUGGGUACCCACCAUGAGAAAGGGGCUCAGACCUUUUGGUCUGUGGUCAACCGACUGCCUCUCUCCAGCAACGCCAUGUUGUGCUGGAAGUUCUGCCAUGUGUUCCACAAACUUCUUCGAGACGGACAUCCAAACGUGCUGAAAGACUCUCUGAGAUACAAAAAUGAGUUAAGUGACAUGAGCAGGAUGUGGGGCCACCUGAGCGAGGGGUAUGGACAGCUGUGCAGCAUCUACCUCAAACUGCUGAGAACAAGGAUGGAGUACCACACCAAAAAUCCCCGGUUCCCAGGCAACCUCCAGAUGAGCGACCGACAGCUGGAUGAGGCUGGAGAAAGUGACGUUAACAACUUUUUUCAGCUCACCGUGGAGAUGUUUGAUUACCUGGAGUGUGAACUGAACCUCUUCCAGACUGUGUUCAGCUCCUUGGACAUGUCUCGCUCCGUGUCUGUGACCACAGCUGGCCAGUGCCGCCUUGCACCACUCAUCCAGGUCAUCCUGGACUGCAGUCACCUCUAUGACUACACUGUCAAGCUGCUCUUCAAGCUCCACUCCUGUCUUCCAGCUGACACCCUGCAGGGCCACCGAGACCGCUUCAUGGAGCAGUUCACAAAGUUGAAAGAUCUGUUUCAGCGUUCCAGCAACCUACAGUACUUCAAGCGACUCAUUCAGAUCCCCCAGCUGCCUGAGAAUCCCCCCAACUUCCUACGAGCCUCGGCCCUGUCGGAGCACAUCAGUCCUGUGGUGGUGAUCCCAGCUGAGGUGUCAUCCCCAGACAGUGAGCCUGUCCUGGAGAAGGAUGACCUCAUGGACAUGGACGCCUCCCAGCAGACUUUGUUUGACAACAAGUUUGACGACGUCUUCGGCAGCUCAUUGAGCAGCGACCCCUUCAAUUUCAACAAUCAGAAUGGCGUGAACAAGGACGAGAAGGACCACUUGAUUGAACGCCUGUACAGAGAGAUCGGUGGACUGACAGGACAGCUGGACAACAUGAAGGUUGAGAGCCAGCGGGCCAUGCUGCAGCUGAAGGGUCGCGUCAGUGAGCUGGAGGCAGAGCUGGCCGAACAGCAGCACUUGGGACGACAGGCUACAGAUGACUGCGAGUUCCUGCGCACGGAGCUGGAUGAGCUGAAGAGGCAGCGAGAGGACACGGAGAAGGCACAGCGCAGCCUGACUGAGAUAGAAAGAAAGGCCCAGGCCAAUGAACAGCGAUAUAGCAAGUUAAAAGAGAAGUACAGUGAACUGGUGCAGAACCAUGCUGACCUGCUGCGGAAGAAUGCAGAGGUGACCAAACAGGUGUCUGUGGCCCGGCAAGCCCAGGUGGACUUGGAAAGAGAGAAAAAAGAACUAGCAGAUUCAUUUGCACGUGUAAGUGACCAGGCCCAGCAGAAGACUCAAGAGCAACAGGAUGUUCUAGAGAACCUGAAGCAUGAACUGGCCACCAGCAGACAGGAGCUGCAUGUCCUCCAUAGCAGCCUGGAAACCUCUGCCCAGUCAGAAGCGAAAUGGCUGAUGCAGAUCGCCGAGUUGGAGAAGGAACAAGGCAGCUUGGCGACUGCCGCAGCUCAGAGAGAGGAAGAGCUGUCAGCUCUCCGAGACCAGCUGGAAAGUGCCCAGAUCCAACUGGCCGGUGCCCAGGAAUCCAUGUGCCAGCAGGGAAAGAACCAGAGGAAAAUCCUCUUGGCAGGGAUCAGAAAGGUCGCAGAGCGUGAGGUACAGGAGGCGCUGAACCAGCUUGAAGAGCCUGCCCUCAUCAGCUGUGCCGGAUCCACAGAUCACCUUCUCUCCAAAGUCAACUCUGUUUCCAGCUGCCUCGAGCAACUGGAAAAGAGCCGCAGCCAGCAUCUGGCCUGCCCAGAAGAUAUUAGUGAGCUUCUACACUCGAUAACCCUGCUUGCCCACUUGACUGGUGACACUAUCAUUCAGGGAAGUGCCACCAGCCUCCGGGCCCCACCGGAGCCAGCCGACUCUCUGAUGGAGGCCUGUAGGCAGUAUGGCAGAGAAACCCUGGCCUAUCUGUCCUCCCUAGAGGAAGAGGGAGCCAUGGAGAAAGCUGACGUCUCAGCCAUGAGGAACUGCCUCAGCAAGAUCAAGACCCUUGGCGAGGAGCUGCUGCCCAGGGGCUUGGACAUCAAGCAGGAGGAGCUGGGUGACCUGGUGGACAAGGAGAUGGCAGCCACUUCAGCUGCCAUUGAAGCUGCCACCACUCGGAUAGAGGAAAUUCUCAGUAAAUCCCGAGCCGGAGACACGGGAGUCAAGUUGGAGGUGAACGAGAGGAUCCUUGGUUCCUGCACCAGCCUGAUGCAAGCCAUCAAGGUGCUCGUGGUGGCCUCCAAAGACCUGCAGAAGGAGAUAGUGGAAAGCGGCAGGGGUACUGCAUCCCCUAAAGAAUUUUAUGCCAAGAACUCUCGGUGGACAGAAGGGCUUAUAUCCGCCUCCAAAGCUGUUGGUUGGGGAGCGACCAUCAUGGUGGAUGCUGCUGAUCUUGUGGUCCAAGGCAAAGGGAAGUUCGAGGAGCUGAUGGUGUGCUCACGUGAGAUUGCUGCGAGCACAGCCCAACUCGUGGCUGCAUCCAAGGUGAAAGCGAACAAGGGCAGUCUCAAUCUAACCCAGCUGCAGCAGGCCUCUCGGGGAGUGAACCAGGCCACGGCUGCUGUGGUGGCCUCAACAAUUUCCGGCAAAUCUCAGAUUGAGGAAACAGACAGCAUGGACUUCUCAAGCAUGACCCUGACCCAGAUCAAGCGCCAGGAGAUGGACUCCCAGGUUAGGGUGCUGGAGCUGGAAAAUGACCUGCAGAAGGAGCGUCAGAAACUAGGAGAGCUUCGGAAGAAACACUACGAGCUGGCUGGCGUUGCUGAGGGCUGGGAGGAAGGGACUGAAACAUCACCUUCUACGGUCCAAGAAGCAGUACCGGACAAAGAGUAGAGCCAUGUCAGCGCCCCACACGUCAGAAUGUAAAUCCUUGUUACCCUUCUGUGACGCUCGCUCCCCACUAUGGCAUACCAGGUCCUUGUAGGCCUCUCCAGUGACAUAAGCUGAAGGCCAUCGGGUCUCCUCAUGACACCACCUCUGUUUGCAUGCAUGAUGAGUUCUUCCCCUGUGUCCCUGGCGUACAGGCAGACCAGGGUCAGCCAGGAGCAAGCUCAGGUCCACAGAAAAACAGCGACAUGGCCAACCCAUCUUGCCCAAUAUCCAUUUCCUCACCGGUCAUGUCCUUCUUAGAGAGGCUUCUUGUCACUGGGAGCUUGGAGAGGGGACAGCUUACACCUGUUCUUUUUCCCCCUCCUCAGUCCUUUGCAUUUUGUCCUUUGCACAAACUUGUGAGCAUCCGAACUCCGCUGGAUUCCAAACAGACUGUCUGAAUCUGCUGUUGGGAAGAACUCGAAGGAACGGCUGGCCUCCACACUGCGCUUUUGGCAGUUAGAUGGCUCCCCUAACUGCUUAUCAUUAGGUGGUCGUUUGGGUCUUUUGGUUUCCUGUUUUUAAAGUUUCACACAGCCAACUUUCCCAAAAAAGGAUUCCUAGCCCAGCCCCACCCUGAGCUCUGAGCCUUCUGAGAGGAAGCCCUCCCCCACGCCACACGUCAAGGUGCGGCUCAGGCUAUGCUUUGGUGCUCCAGCUUAGCAGUCCCGUCCGUCAGCCAGGGCUGCUACCCAGGGUGACAGACUGCUCUCCUUGGAAGUCUGAAGCUGAGCUAGUGCCUUUACUUUCCGACCUGGAUGCCAGCCCAGGGCCUCUGUCCUCCUUCACAAGCCAGGAAGCACCACAAUUGAAAAGAAAGAAAAUGGUGCCAGGGCCCAGCUGUUCAGGGGACAUAUUUUUUUAGGAGCUCCCGUCACCAGGUUCACCGCCUGUCACCUGCUGGAAUGGAGCCAGUGUGAACACUACAUCCCCAAACUUCCUGUGCCAUGUCAGUUGGGUCACAUCCCUGUCAAACCUAGGCAAGGCCCCAGGAGGGGCAAAUAUAAAGGAACGUUAAGUGGUUCCUGCUCCAUCUGCCGCUUCUGCAUCCUAUUGAACCAGCAAAAGAUGGUUCCCUGUGCUACUUACCCAACAGGCCACAGGAUCAGGCCCACUUGCUCCCAUCAGGAAACGAACUCGGCUCGGUGUAAGACUCUCCAUAUUUAUUACUAACAAUCUUUAUGCAGCACCUGCCCCAGAGAUGCUUGUAGCAAUCAGGACCAGGGGUAACUGACCAGGCGUGCCCACCACCAUCAGUCUUCACAGAUCACAGAGCAAACUCGCCAUCCCCGGGGAUUUCCAGGCUUGGAUUCCAAAGCGGCCAGGUUCCUCAAAACAUUGAGGAACAGGGCAGAGGAGGAAGCGACCACUGGCUACGAUACCGCCCCUAUCACCACCCACCCACUUUUGCUCCCACACAGACAGGAUGGGGACAGAGGGCGCCCUGCCUAGUCACAAGCAGCUGGACAGCACUUUUCAACUCCCUAAUGGACCGCUGAUCUAAGUGACCUUGUGAUGUGUGCAGUGGGGCAGGGAGGUGGCUUCUUCUUUGUCUGUAGUAACACAUAGGUGGCAGCCAUCAAGUACUUCUUUGAGCAUGUCCCCAUGGGGCACAGCUUAGCUUUGCUGGGUGAUGGGUUGUGAGACAAAUGUUUGAUCACUGUGAACCAACCUUCUUCCUGACCCUCUCACCCCCACUCUGUCCCCAGAGCGGGGCACUCCAAAAACUCCCAGAGAUCCAGAUGACCGCUGUGACCUAUGACCUCCACACUGGGCUAAAGGAGUUAAUCUACAGUAGAAACGGGCCAUUCUGGAGCUAGAAGAAUGUGUCUCGGGUCCAAGGAGUGGCAUUGUUGGCUCGUUUGUGCCAAUGCAGCCAGUCCGUGUGUUCCCUGUCAGUCACCUUUCCCAAUGGUGGCCAUAGAGUCCUUUCUUUUAGAGUCACUCCCAUGUGUCCCAGCGAGAAGAAAUCAGACACACAGCAAUAGAGGGGGGUUCUCUGAAUAAACGAUGAACCCAUCUAAAAAGCCACUGUCAUUUUAAAAACCCCAGUAAACUCUGCCUGGGUAGUGAAACAGUCAAGCACCUCGAGGUAAGUCAGCAGCACAGAAGGGUCCCUGCCUGCUUUGUGUCACAUCAGGACUUUGCAAUAGCUCCAGAAGCUGGCCUUUCUUCAGCCAGGCAGGCUGGCUGGCACACACCCGGAACCUCGGCACUCAGGAGACCGAGGCAGGGAGACAAUGAAUUUACAUACCUUGUCUCAAAAAAAAAACCAAAACAAAACAGGAUUUAUAUGUUUGUUUAUAGAGAUUUAUAUAACUGGUUUUUGGAGACAGGGUCUCACUACACAGUUCUGGCUGGCCUCGAACUAGCUAUGUCCACCUUAUUGUUCUUCAGGUCACAGAGGUUCUCCUUCCUCUGUCUCCCAAAUGCUGGGAUCAAAGGUGUGAGCCAUCUCACCCAGUUGAGACCGUAAUUUGGGGUUUUUUUUUGUUGUUGGUUUUUGGUUUUUUUGUUUUGUUUUGUUUUUUGUUUUGGCUCUGCUGCUCCUAAACAUGAGUCUCUAACCUGGUGGCUGGUCAAACCAGACUGGCAAUUCUUACAGCUCCAAAGGAACCUCACAGCCUUCCUCCCCACAUCCCCAGGCUUCUGCGACUGAAGUCUGCUGCGAUGGGUGUAGGGAGAUCCUCAAGUCGGGGAACUGGAGGGCUGGAGAGGUGGCUCAGCUGUCAAGUGUGCCUCCCUCUCUCCCAGAGGACCCAAACUCAGUUCUCAACACCCACGUAGGCCACAACCACCUUUAACUCCAGCUCCAAGGGAUCCAACGGCCUCUGCUGCAUGUGCUCAUACAGAAGUGCCCACAUACUUUUAAGUAAAAUAACUCCUGAAAAAAUAACUGUAAAGACAGAAAAUUGGCAAAAUAAUGGCUCGGGUUGGGGUGAGAGAAAAACUCGAAUCCAGCUGUGUCUCAUUUAGGUAAUGCAGUUUCCUGAUGCCUCGAAAUUAAGCAGAGGUGUGUGCUUAGAAGAUCUACUUCUGGGGGGUUAGGUCAUAGCUCAAAAAGGAAUUUAAAUAACUAUACCAGGUUUGUCAGUGCGCAACUAUAAUCCCAGCAUUGGGAAUCUGAGGCAGUAGGACUGUGAGUUCAGGUCUAGCCUGGGCUAUGUGCUAAGACCUUAUCUCUAAAACAAAGAUCAGACUAUGAUUUAAAUGGCUUAUUGACUGUACUGCCCACAACACGAUUCCUAUUUAUAAGCCCUGAGCCCAGGAGCUGGGAGAAUCAAAUAUCCAGGGCAUCCUGUCUCAGAACUGGUGUGGCUGCCAAGUCAGACACCAGGGUUUAUACCAGGUAACCCAGGGUCACAAGUACUUGUCAUUCUGGUCACAUUAGGGUGCUGUGGCCUCUUAGGAGGUGUUGGUCCUCAUCUUGUGUCUUGGGGAGUUUUUACUUCUUGGUCAGUGACUCGGUUGUAGAGGGUCUCUGGCACUCUUUGACUCUGAAUUUUAAAGCUGGCCAACAUGCUACUCUCGGUUGCCUUUCCAUAUCUCUAGAGACCUUGCUAGAGAAGCAAGUCUGUGGCCCAACAUUGACCUGCCAGUAAGAAUGGCCUUGCACUCUGCCUUCGGAUCAUCUGUGCUAGCCUUCUAACCAGAGUGGGCUUUGCUUUCUCUCUACCAUCUCUGAUCAUCUUCCAAGUUGGCAUCUUCAUCUUGGUGUCUCCACGUUGACCUUCAACCAGAGCAGCUGCGCCCUCUCUCUGCCAUCUUGGAUCCUCCAUAUUGGCCUUCCAAACAAAGGAGCUUUGUCGUCUUUCCACCUUUCAGGUUCUCAGAGACCACACUGUAACAUUGGAAACUACCGUGACAGCACUUGCCAGCCAGCAACAGUGACCCAGAAGAGCUAUUUGGCUCCCAGGAGCCAAAGCCAGGAAUGGUUGUUUAGACAUGACUGGAUCCAGCCGUGAGGAUAGAGCCUUCCAGACAUGUGUUUCAGGUGACCCUCAACUACCUCAGGUUUGAAGACCCUAAGUUAACCUUGAUUACCACUCUAGGGACAAACCGAGGAAUCUGGUUAAAUCUUGGUGAUAAACUAAAUGUCUCAAGCUUAUAACAAACUCUCAAACCGUGCAGGGAUGGGGUUGAUUUUUGUUUAUGCCCACCCCCUUCUGUUUUUAACCUUUUCCACCAUUUUCCAUUAUAGUAGUCCCUAUAAGUGAAUUUCACUUUUUACAGAGUGCCUACCUUCCCAGGGCGGGUAGCCACUGGCUCUUGUUUCCUCCCCACAGGACUUUUAUUAUGGAAUGAAGACCUUUGUAUAAUGCA